AUGUCUACUAGGGCGUUAAGUCGUAGCCUUUGUGGAAUUGCUUCUCGCAUUCGCCCUGUCUAUGUUGGUCAACGCAAUGCCUCGACUUUGGCUCAGAAAGACCUUAAGGAAACGCUUAAGGAGGUUAUUCCCGCUAAGCGUGAGAUGUUGAAGAAGCUUAAGGUAGAGCAUGGAGAGAAGGUGCUUGGGGAGGUUAAGGUUGAGAACGCCAUUGGUGGGAUGAGGUCCGCUUUUUCUCUUGACACUCUCGUUUGUGUGGUAGUUUCCUAAUGGGAUGGAUGAGUAGAGGUAUCAAGGGCAUGCUUUGGGAAGGCUCUGUUCUGGAUGCCAAUGAAGGGAUUAGAUUCCACGGAAAGACGAUCAAGGACUGCCAGAAGGUCUUACCGAAGGGGACUUCCGGAGAGGAGAUGCUUCCCGAGGGAAUGUUCUGGCUGCUGUUGACUGGACAGGUUCCUAGCGUCGAACAGGUCCGUGAGUUGAGCAGGACGUUGGCCGAGAAUGCGGGAUUGCCGGAUUUUGUUGAGAAGAUGUUGGAUAAUAUGCCGACUACUUUACAUCCUAUGACACAGUGUGCGCUCCCCCCACACGCGGGUGGAUAUUCGAGCUUACAAUUCUGAUAGUCGCAAUCGCUGUCUCCGCUCUGAACCACGAGUCCAAGUUUGCCAAACUAUACGAGAAAGGUCUGUCAAAGGCUGACUACUGGGAGCCUACGUUCGACGACUCUAUCUUCCUCCUAGCUAAGCUCCCCACUAUUGCCGCAAAGAUUUACCAGAACACCUACCUCGGCGGGGGUCCUCUCCCGGCCUCCGUUGACCUGAACCAGGAUUGGUCACACAACUAUGCUGCAAUGCUCGGAAAAUCCGACAACACCGGUUUUGUAGACCUCCUGAGACUCUACCUCGCGCUGCAUGGCGACCACGAAGGCGGCAACGUAUCCGCACACGCGACUCACCUCGUCGGCAGCGCACUCAGUGACCCCUUCCUUUCAUACUCUGCCGGCCUCCAGGGUCUCGCGGGGCCUCUUCAUGGCUUGGCAGCGCAGGAAGUCCUUCGGUUUAUCCAAGCGAUGCACAAGGUGGUCGGCAAUACCUACUCGGACAAGGAUAUUGAAAACUACCUCUGGUCCCUUCUCAACAGCGGGCAGGUAAUCCCCGGCUACGGUCACGCUGUCCUUCGCAAGCCAGAUCCCCGCUUCCAGGCACUCAUGGACUUUGCCAAAUCCCGUCCUGAAGUCGCCAAAGGAGCCGUAUUCAAACUCGUCAAGAAGAACAGCGAGCUCGCGCCAAGGGUUUUGAUGGAGCACGGGAAGACUAAGAACCCGCAUCCGAACGUGGACUCUGCUUCCGGCGUUUUGUUCCAUCAUUACGGGUAAUUUAUUUUUCACUUUUUAUCCUCCCCUUCUUCCGAUGCGGUGUAGGCUAAUGGUUUGGGCGGCGGUAGAAUCAAUCAAGACCUUUACUACACCGUCACCUUUGGCGUAUCGAGAGGCUUGGGCCCUCUGGCGCAGUUGAUCUGGGAUAGAGCUCUUGGAUUGCCGAUCGAGAGGCCCAAAAGUCUUUCCAUGGAGGCGAUUGCUAGGGCUGUUGGCGCCUGAUUUCCCCCUCGGACUCGGUGUGAUACCUUGCAGGUUGGGUUAGUUGGAAGUAGAAUUGGUUAAAUCGAAAACAAGAGAGUGUCCUCAUAGAACGUCACUCGAGUUUCUGAUUGUGGUUAUAAAUAUCUUGUACGAUUUGGGGUUGGUUGGUGGGUGGGUGGAGGAUGCUUGCGUGUUGAGGUUGUUUCUAUUCGCUCUUCUGUAUAUUGUUAAGCCCACCACGAGCUGUUGGAUCAAAGAGGUGUCCGUAGCGCUGGGUCGUGGCACAGCCGCUGCUCGGAUGGGUCAUAGACAAAGGAGUUCCAACCUUGUGCACUAUAAAACAUACAUUCCACUCCUAACUAAGAAAUGCACUCGCGGGAGGACACAUGCUCUCCGCAUCGUUCGUGCAUAGUUGCCCACGAUUGAAAGAGCAAUACCUUAAGCUAGCCCCCCCGCUUCCCCCACAGAUUAGGGGAAAGCCGCUGACCAGCAAGUCCUGUCCCGUCCCACGAAAACUAUCGAAUGGCGGGGGCUCCUGCGGAUGUCGCGUUGGACGUAGAGUAUCAUAGGAUUCACGAUACCGGUACUGGGUCAUAGGCCACGAGGAGUGCGAGCACUCAGGGCGCAGGAGACAAGAGCCCGAUCGGUUCCACCACAGGCUUAUUAUACGCUUCAAUGUGAGCUGUAUGAUAGCAUGAUAGUAGUGAGAUUUUCAUCACAAGUUAUGCGCUCAAAGAAAGUGGGGGGGGGGGGGGUAAGCACUUGGCCAUCGUAUAAAUAUAUAUAUAUAU